AUGGAAGGUCGUCUUACAGCGGAAUCUUUUGCAUUAGUAAAAAAUAUCCACAUAAAUUGGUAUAUACAUGCGAUAAAAGCAUUGAUGGGACAAGUUGGAAGGCAGCUUUAUGAGAAGUUAACUGCAGAAGAGCAAAAGAUAUUACGUCGCUGUUUGGAUAAGAUCGAAGACGAAAGAGAGUUAGUUCAUGGAGCACGAUGUCUCAUCCAAGCUCGCAAGCUAGCUCGACUUAAAAAUAUCGGCUUUGAUGAAACUGAUGUUGCUUUUCUCCAAGAAAAGACAAGCGACCUCACGGAAAUAGAAAAAAAGUUUACUAUACCCGAAAGCAGCGAAGAGGAAGUCACUAAAAGUUACGAACCUGCCACAACAACACCACUGCCGGAGAUCAAUCUAGAGCACCAACCUAUCACUCAUAAUUCACUUUCUAGAAUUAAAAGCACACUUGAAAAGCAACUUUUCAGAGAAGCAAUUAAAGAAAUUCAGAGGGAAUCUAGCACGCUAAGCUCAAACGACUAUCUCUUUAUCGAACAAGAAGUCUCUGGUGUGGGGAGACAGAUUCGCAAAAAAAAGAAAGACUCUUUGGAAAAAGCAAAACAAAAACUCGCAUUGCUUUCGCAAAGCAACUGGGAAGCCAAAUUGAAGGAUGACUCAGAAACCACUCCGCCAGAUUCCCUUGCUUCUCUGUCAAGUGCGGAGCCAACACCUGUUUCACAACUUAUCAAGGAUCUUCUGCCGUUCAAAUACCGUCCAAAACGAUAUCUAGACGACACAAGAAAUGCAAGCAAGUCUAGACGGAUAGCCGACUUGAUCUGGUCGUUUGCCAAUGGUAUGAAUCCUGAAAAGGGAGGUUUGAAGUCGUACAAGGAGCUUCUGAAAUUAGGACAAGUUAUGGAGGACAAAAAGAAGCUUCCAGGUGCCAAAAUUUAUGAAUUUCGACUUCAUGAUAUCGUCCUGAACAGGAAGAAACCCUCGAGGUCAAAACGGAGUGAGAAACCUUUCCCUGAUUUCCUGACGAUGACAAGCCGACUAGUGGAUGCUCUGAACGGACACAAAAAUCGACCGGAAGAUACAAGCUUUAAGUUUCUGAGUCCACGUUUUGCACCACUUAUGCCGGAAAAAGUCCCAGCAAAAAGUCGGCUUUUAUCACCAUCAUUUUUAUCGUUCUACAGCGAUGACAGUUCAGACAAUAUUGCUUCGAUACCUAAGAUCUUGGAGAAAUCUGGUUUGAAGGAACAGGAUCGAGACACACUUAUGGAACUUAUAAUGAGUUUGUCUGGAGCUGGUAAAACAGUUGACAUGAUGCUUGAAGUUAUUAAAAAAAUCAACUUUUUUGGAAUGGGUGGUGAAAUUUUUGAGACGACACGUUGGCUCGACAGUUUAUUCAAAAAGUUGAGCAAGUCAUUUAACAAAGAACAGAAAAACGAUAUCGAUAUGAAAGGAUUUACUUUCUUAGAAAAACAACAGAUAAAGGACUUAUUAGACGGACAUAAAGUUAAACAUCCGCAACAGGUUGGAUUUGAUCUUGAAGAAUAUGGAAAUAUGACUGCUCAACAAAAGUAUGAUGCACUGUGGGAAAGAAUUGAAGCGAUUGCUAAGAAUACAACUGAAGUAGGACAACAUCGACAGAAGCGACAAAUUUCGGUGUUAAAUCCGAUUAUUUUAGCACCCUAUAUGUUUGCUCCAGUAACUGGCCAUUCUGUUCUUGGUCCUGUAGUGCUAUCUCCAAGUAUCUUCAGCCCACUUAUUCUAAAUCCUGCACUUUUAGGACCGUUUAUAUUAAGUCCAGGUGUUGGAAAUCCCUUCAUCUUAUCGCCGUAUUUGUUAACGCCAUAUAUUCUUUCGCCUUUAGUAAUGGCACCAUUUAUUCUUACACCAUAUGUUCUGUCGCCAAACAUUAUCAAUCCGUAUGUGUUGAGCCCAAUUAUUCUCAGUCCUUACGUACUUUCACCGGACAUUCUUUCACCAGCUACUUUGGGUGGUCCGAUACUAUCGCCUAGCGUUUUAUCUCCAGCUGUAUUAACAGAAUCUGUUUUAAUGGCAAACAUCCUAUCCCCGACAUUUAUGUCCUAA